AUGAUUUCGGAACAGCUAGGUUAUUCCAUUGACCGGACCUUCUACUGGACGGACAGUGCAUCGGUACUGCGGUACAUAGCCAACAGGAACUUGCGCUUCCAUACGUUUGUCGCAAAUCGGCUAGCUGUUAUUCAUGAGGCAACCCAGGUGGAUCAGUGGCACUAUGUGAACACGAAACAGAACCCAGCAGAUUGUGCAUCGAGAGGAAUGGCUAUUACUAACUUCGUUCGGCACUCCCUGUGGUUAAACGGGCCGGAUUUCUUGUGGAAAGCAGAGUCUGAAUGGCCGAGUUUUCCGCAGGAUACUACUAUGACAGUUGAUGAUGCCGAGGUGAAGAAGAUGGUCAACACGAUACCGACAGUCAUAUCCGAGUCAUGCGACGGAAUGGAGAGGCUAAUGGCGAGUUUCUCAGACUGGUCAAAGCUGAAGAGAAUAACCGGAUGGCUGAUGAUUGCUAUGGACAACCUACGACUUGCCGUGAAGUGGACACGGCAGAUCAAGAUAGCUAUCGAGUCUUAUGAAACCGACCCAUUAACAUGUGAAAGGGCAGUGGAAGAUGAUGUCAUGAAAGACAAGAACGGCAUUGUCCCAAAUACAAGUCAAGAAUGGAAGCAAGUUGCUGUUAACUUCUAUAGGAAAUGGAACUAUCCAUUCUGCCUUGGUGCCUUGGAUGGCAAACAUGUCGCCAUAAGACAGCCUUGUGGGACAGGGUCGGAGUUUUUUAACUACAAGCACUUUUUCAGUGUAGUAUUGUUUGCAUUGACUGAUGCUGAUUAUCGGUUUUUGUACGUUAAUGUUGGUUCCACGGGUAGAAGUGGUGAUGCUGGAAUUUUUAGAACAUCAUCACUGUUGCAAGCAAUGCAGAACCAGUCAUUGGACUUUCCACCACCUGAGAACACACCAGUCAGUGACACAAAAUGCAACUAUCAUAUUAUAGGGGACGAUGCGUUUCCUCUCAGGCCUGACUUAAUGAAGCCAUACCCACACAAGAAUCUUGAGCAUGCAAAACGGAUCUUUAAUUACCGAUUAAGUCGAGCAAGGAGAGUAGUCGAAAAUUCAUUCGGCAUUCUUGCCAACAGGUUUAGAGUGUUUUUAGCCCCCAUAGCCUUAGAACCAGAUUUCGUUGAAAAUCUCAUCCUUGCAGCUUGUUGUCUGCACAACUUCCUCAUUGAAAACCAGCAACAGCAUCUUUAG